UUGUCUUCUUCGAUCUUCUCAAAAUCAAAUAUUUCAUCUAACACAUAAUCUUCACAUCUUCUUGAUCAAUAAAAACAAGACUCAACUAUGGGAAACUACGUUUCGUGCGCCCUAAGCAAAACGACUUCAUCAGAUUCACCAUCACCGGCGGCUAAAGUGAUUCUCCCGGACGGUGAAGUACGAGACAUCAACGUUCAGACAAAAGCAGCCGAGCUCAUGAUGGAGAUGCCAAGCCAUUUCCUCGUUGACGCAAAGUCCUUAAAAAUAGGUCGUAAACUCAUUCCCCUCGCAGCAGACGACGACCUAGACGUUGGAGGCUGCCAUGUCUACGUGGCGUUCCCCAUGACGCGUGUGGCUUCAGCAGCCAACGCAUCAGACAUGGCUCGGCUCUUUUUGGCGGGGAAGAAACGUUUGAGAAGCUGUGACAAUAGGAAAGUGUCUCCAGAGGAUGAGGAAGAGGAAGAUGUGAGGUUGAUUAAGGGAACGAAGAUGAAUCUUGAGGAUAUAGAAGAUUUCUCGGCGGUGGAGUUUAUGCAUAGGAUCUCUGUUUCAAAAUCUAAGAAGCCUGAGUUGGAGACAAUUGUCGAAGAAAACGUGUCGUUGUAAUACAACCAAACCGGUCCAUUAUUUAUUUAUUUAUUUAUUUACGAAAGUGCCUAUUUUUUGUGGUAUUAAUGUAACAGACAUUGUCGAGAUAUUAGUUUUGUUUCCCUUGUGUAAAUGCUUUCUUUGGGGGUUAAUUACUUAUGUGUGUGGAUUGUGGAAUCACAUUAGUAAAGAAUACAAAAUUAUAGUACUUUACUUAAAAUGUAAUGCAUAAGAAUUACAUUUAAUUUCAAAUGAACAUAUACAAACCUUACAUUCUUUAACUUACAAGUUUAUAAAGUAGCCAAUGUAAAG